AACUCGUCGUGCAUUCGGGUUUGAGUUUGAGCCAACCAAACCACGACCCGAUCUGACUCCCCAUUCUCCCCUCUCCUGUUCAUCCAUCGGGUCAAAUCAAAUCCCCUCCCUCCUCCCUCCCCUAAUCCCCCAAUCUCGAGCUCACCCACCCACCAAGAAGCUCAGAUCAUCAUCAAACCCCUCCCGCACUCCGUCUCCACUCCUCGCGGCGGCAAGCGAGCGCGCGCGCGCAGAGCCAUCGGAGCCCCGAUUCGGCCUCUGGGGUGUCCAGGAAACAGGGGGAAUCAAGAAACCCUCCCCCCUUGCGAGGACCGGGGAUCGAUCGCUUGGCGGAUUGCUGUUGCCUCCCCGCGCACGCCAAUGCCGGAUCCGGCCGGGCCGGCGGCCGCGUCCUCCUCCCCCUCCUCCUGCCCCGGGCUGCCGUCAUGGCGUCUCUGAAUCUCGCGGCCUGCCGCGGCCCCCGCCGAUGCUCGCUGGAUUCUUUGCCGAGGACGGAGCAGGAGCCGCAGCCGGCGGCGACGAGGAGCGACGAUGCAGAUCCGGCUCUCGCCGAGCAUGAGGAGCAUCACCAUCUCCAGUAGCAAUGGGCUGCUAGACUUGAUGAAGCUCAAGACCGCCGCGCGCCACUUCUCGUACCGGACCGUCUUCCACACCGUCCUCAUCCUCGCCUUUCUCCUUCCCUUCGUCUUUAUUCUCACCGCUGUCAUGACCCUUGAGGGCUUCAACAAGUGCUCCUCCCUAGAUUGUCUGGGCAGACGGUUAGGUCCACGUCUUCUCGGUAGGGGUGAAGAUGGCUCCAUGAGGCUUGUAAGAGAUCUGUAUAGGAUGCUUGAUGAAAUAAACUCGGAGGAUGCUCCUGUUGAUCUAAAAGUGGCAGAAUCUUUUGAUGAUUUCAUCUGGGAUACUAAGAAUAAUGAUUAUGAUUUGAAGUCAUUUGCUUUGAGGCUGAAGGCCACGAUGGAGACCAUGGAUAAGGAACUGAGAUCAUCCAGGUUAUCAGAGCAGCUAAACAAACAUUAUGCAGCAAUCGCAAUUCCUAAAGGCCUUUACUGCCUUUCAUUGCGUCUAACUGACGUAUACUCCUCAAAUGCCCUUGCGAGGAAACAGCUGCCACCCCCUGAGUUGGUCCCGCGUCUUUCCGACAACUCCUAUUUCCACUUUGUUUUAGCGUCAGACAACAUCCUUGCAGCUUCGGUUGUGGUCAGAUCAACAGUUAGAUCAGCAUUGAAGCCUGAGAGGAUAGUCUUUCAUAUCAUUACUGACAAGAAGACCUAUCCUGCCAUGCAUUCAUGGUUUGCAUUGAAUCCUCUUUAUCCUGCCAUUAUUGAGGUGAAGGGUGUCCACCAAUUUGAAUGGUUGACGAAAGAAAAUGGUCCAGUUCUUGAAGCUAUAGAAAUUCAGCACAUUGCCAGAAGUCGUUACCAUGGAAAUCACCUUGCAAGAACCACUGCAGGUGACAGCCCAAGAGUUUUUGCAGCCAAGCUGCAGGCAGGAAGUCCAACAUAUACUUCUGUGCUCAAUCAUAUUCGUAUAUACUUGCCUGAGUUAUUCCCAAGCCUCAGCAAGGUUGUAUUUCUUGAUGAUGAUGUUGUUGUCCAACGUGACCUGUCAUCACUUUGGGAUAUUGAUCUAGCUGGGAAGGUAAAUGGAGCUGUUGAGACUUGCAGGGGUGGAGAUAGUUGGGUGAUGUCUAAGAGGUUCAGGAAUUAUUUUAACUUCUCUCAUCCACUCAUUGCCACCAACUUUGAUCCAUUGGAGUGUGCGUGGGCGUAUGGCAUGAACAUUUUUGACCUUGCUGCAUGGAGGAAGACAACCAUUAAAGAUAAAUACCACCAUUGGGUCAAGGAGAAUCUGAAGUCAAACUUCACGCUUUGGAGGCUUGGAACUCUGCCACCUGGCCUUAUAGCAUUUAAAGGCCAUGUUCAUCCGAUUGAUCCAUCGUGGCACCUUUUAGGUUUGGGGUAUCAGGAGAAGACAGAUAUCUCUAGUGUUCGGAAAGCAGCAGUUAUACAUUACAAUGGACAAAGUAAACCAUGGCUUGACAUUGGUUUUAAACAUCUCCAACCAUUUUGGACGAAACAUGUGAACUACUCGAAUGAAUUUGUAAGGAACUGUCAUAUAAUGGAGCCUCAGUUGUAGAUUGGCGAGACAAAAGAUUCAACAAAUAAAGGCGUAAAUUAAGUGGAAUUAAAUUCGUUAUUUUGGAGACCGGCAUCGAAGGGUAUCCAGGGAAUGGACAUAAUUGGUUACAUGUGCAGAUGCAGCAUAUUCGAUGAAUAGAAAGGAAUGUUUUGUUCCCAUUUACACGAGGAUCCCUUUCCUUUUGUUUAUUCCAUUUGUAUCAUAGCUCAUGAAAUUACACUAUUGUUUAGGAUGGUUCUUUUGUACUUGAUGGAGUAUUAUAAAUUGCCUAAUUUGGCAGAGUUGAUGAUAGUCCCAUCAGUACUGUAAUUGCUGGAGAGUGAGUAUACAGUUCACCAUGUGAAGAGGGUCAAAUUUUGAUUUUGCAAAAAACAUCCCUGUACAUUUUGCACCCAGUCUUUCUAAUAUAUUUAUGGUGAUCAUCUCAAAUGAAA